AUUUGCUGCCUCUGCUUUAUGGCCUGCUCCCUCUGGAGAAGGGGUGUGGAUAGGUGGGUAUCCUCCUUUCCAGAGCUGGCACUGUAGCACCAUUCCCUGUAACUUGGCACCCCUCCUGCCUCUUCCCCUGUCCAUGAUUGCAGGGGUCUGGGGAAUCGCUGUUGCCUGGAAACAGUGGGCCCCUUGGGUAGGCAUGAGGGGAUGCCUUCUUGGUUAGGAGAGAGGGGAGGUUAAUAUUAGAACAUUGUUACCUCUUGGUCCUAUCAGAAUGUGGUGCAAUGCCCUGUGUGUGAAGCCUCUGCGUUUGAGCCUGUUUAUAAUCAGAGGAUCUCCUGAUGGCUUCAAGAUGUCAUCUGUAAAAUGAGGGGACUGGAUGCAGAGCUGGGUGGGCGCGGCUGAGUCUCCACUUCCCCUGCCUUUAGGGUGGCUCCAUAGUCGGUCCGGUCUGGGAAAGAGGACCAGCAUUUUCCAACCUCUGCCCCAGGCCGCACCUGCGUGGUCGUGAUGUUACGUUGGCUGCACCCCGCCUGCUCUGAGUGGUGACGUGGACGGCCACGCCCCUGUGCUUACGUCACCGGCCGGUUCCCUCUCCGGGGAGCGGCGACGGACGCGCGGCUUCCACCCCCUCCCAUCUCACGGGCUCUCCCCUCCCCGGAGGUGGCCGCGACCCGACCCUUUGGAAGGCGAUGGCCCGGGCUCCGAGUGCGAGCUAGCGUGACUCGGUGCCCGGCCAUGGGCUGUAUCGGCUCUCAGAGCCCGGCGGGUCAGGCAUUUCUGGGGACCACCAGCUGGCUGAGGCUCAGGGAGAGAGACGGCUAUUCCAGCUAAAGCGGCCUCGGACCCUGCGUGGGCUGUGGAGUGGAUCGAACUUCCUCGAGGCCUCUCUCUAUCUUCUUUGGGAUCUGUUCGGACCCUCCGAGGCUGGAGCCGGUCCUCUCGCCCUUCCUCGGUGGACAGCCAGGACUUGCCAGAGGUGAAUGUUGGAGACACAGUCGCAAUGCUGCCCAAGUCCCGGAGAGCCCUAACUAUCCAGGAGAUUGCUGCGUUGGCCAGAUCCUCCCUGCAUGGUAUUUCCCAAGUGGUGAAGGACCACGUGACCAAGCCUACUGCCAUGGCCCAGGGCCGAGUGGCUCACCUCAUUGAGUGGAAGGGAUGGAGCAAGCCAAGUGACUCGCCUGCUGCCUUGGAAUCAGCCUUUUCCUCCUAUUCAGACCUCAGUGAGGGUGAACAAGAGGCUCGCUUUGCAGCAGGAGUUGCUGAGCAGUUUGCCAUUGCAGAAGCCAAGCUCCGGGCAUGGUCUUCGGUGGAUGGUGAAGACUCUACUGAUGACUCCUAUGAUGAGGACUUUGCUGGAGGAACUGACAUAGAUGUGGCUGGGCAGGUGCCCCUGGGGCCCCACCUCCAGGACCUCUUCACUGGCCGUCGUUUCUCCCGGCCUGUGCGCCAGGGCUCCGUGGAGCCUGAGAGCGAUUGCUCGCAGACCGUGUCUCCAGACACCCUGUGCUCUAGUCUGUGCAGCCUGGAGGAUGGGUUGCUGGGCUCUCCAGCCCGGCUGGGUGAUGAGCUGCUUCUUGCCAAACUGCCCCCCGGCCGGGAAAGUGCCUUCCGCAGCCUGGGCCCAUUGGAGGCCCAGGACUCACUCUACAACUCACCCCUCACGGAGUCCUGCCUUUCUCCCGCUGAGGAGGAGCCAGCUCCCUAUAAGGACUGCCAGCCACUCUGCCCACCACCAAUGGGCAGCUGGGAACAGCAUCGACAAGCCUCUGAUGUGGCCUCUUCUGGGGUGGUGUCCUUAGAUGAGGAUGAGGCAGAGCCAGAGGAACAGUGACUCAAGUCAUGCCUAGUGGUGGCAUGUGUCCCCUGGCCGCUGCUAGGGGCAAGAGCCUCUGUGCCCAAGUGUAGGCUCAAGGCUCCCAGCAGAGCUCCACUGCCUAAAGGGCUCCUGGGAGCACUCACUUCUCCGUUGUGUGUUUUGCAUGAAAGUGUUUGGAGAGGAGGCAGGGGCUGGGCUGGGGGCGCAUGUCCUGCCCCCACUUCUGGGGUUUGCUGGGGGUUGCCCGGGGCCCCUGGGGCAUGGCUACAGCUGUGGCAGAUGGUGAUGUUCAUGUUCUUAAAUCAAAAACUCCACACACACAUUUCCUCCUUGGAUGAUGUGAACCCCUGAGAGGGUUGUUAUGACUGGGCCGUGUGUGGGUACGGUGGGAGGGGGCCUGGCCACCUCCCCAUCCUCCCCAUCCUCCCCAUCCUCCCCAUGCCUCUCUGUUCUCUGCUUUUCUCCUCUACUUUGAGUCCAUAUACAGUGCUUGAUAGAAUCACUCCCAUGCUGGGGGCUGGCUCCUGUCCUCCUGGAGCCUACAAUGGAGCUGUCCCCCAAGGGCCCCUUGCCCAUCUGGGCUCGUGCUGUGCUUCACCUCUCCAUUGUCUCUAAAUCUUUUUUUUCCUAAAGACAGAGGAUUUUUUGGUCUGUUCUUUCAGUCGGAUCUUCUCUGGGAGGCUUUGGAAUAAUGAAAGCAUGUACCUUCACUCCUGUGAUGGUCCCCCAGUGGGACCUGGGCCCUUUCCCAGCCCCUCCUAGGAUGUGUGGGCAGCUCCCUAGUGGUUCUGGACAGCUACCCUGACCCACUAAGACAGUUCUGUUUAGAGUGGAGUUGGAAGGUUGGCUCUGGUUGCUACAGAGCUGACUUCCAUGUUCUUCCAGCGAGGGCCACAAGGGGGCCACAGGGUGGCGGGCACUUGUCAGCUGAUGCCUUCCAAGGGCUGCAAUCGUGCCAAUGAGUGACAUUCCUAAGGGAGUGUCUCCCUUUGGGGAGGAAACAGAGUAGUGCCUUUCUGGGCUGAAUGAAAGGCCAAAGCUACAGUACUUGGGGCUCCUGCCCCAGCCAGGGUGUUAAUGACCAAGCAUUGGAGGUCUCUGGCAUUCCAAGGACUCUAGAUUUUUAUGGCUGUCAAGAGUUGGGGUGGCUGGAGAAUUAGGGGCCUUGUAAGCUUCAUCAGGUAAGAGGGCCCAAGGUAAGAACAAGAGCCAGUGGCACACGUGUUGUAUAUAUAAGUGGCUCAUUAGGUGUUUAUUUUGUUCUAUUUAAGAAUUUGUUUUAUUAAAUUAAUAUAAAAAUCUUUGUAAAUCUCUA